CUUUCCCAAUACACGACUUCUAAUCACAAGCCUCAUUAUGUCCUCGAAUCCAGCCGAAGAUGGCCCCAGCACGACUCCAAACUACCAGCUCUAUUGGUGCUACCAAUGCCACCGCACGGUCAGGGUGGCAGCCGCCAAUCCGUCCGAGGUCAUUUGCCCGCGAUGCUUCGGCCAAUUCCUUGGGGAAAUCAACAAUCCUAGCCCGAGAUACGUGAUUGACUUCACCCAGUUUGAUCCUUCUCCAGAAGCCCGGCUGCUCGAAGCCCUUUCCCUCAUCCUUGAUCCUCCGAUUCGGCUAUUCAACAACCUUGCUGUCGAUGCUCUGGGAUCCGACCUUCGAGGCCGAUCGCAACAUAGACAGCGAGGUGAUGUCCAUGUGGAAAGAGAUUUCACACAUCCUGAGGGUAAUUUUAUAGAGCUGAGACCAACGCCGAGGCCGAGGCCGAGGUCGAUGCCAAGGCGAUGGCCGAGGAAUCGAAGUCUUGACAGUAGAGAGAACCUGGACCUGGAUGGGAACGACAUCUCUGACAGGCCCAUCACUUGGAUCUUUCGCACGCCAGUCGAUCCUUCUCGUCCGAUCAUACUGCCUCCUGGGAGAGCGGGCCCAGGAGCGAGAGGAGCCGAUCCUAGGGAUUACUUUCCAGGGCGGGGGCUUGAACAGCUGAUAGAAGAACUGACGCAGAACGACCGUCCCGGCCCACCGCCAGCCCCUGACUCUGCCAUCAAUGCGAUACCGACCGUGACAAUCGAACCAAGCCACUUAAACAACGACACGCAGAGUUGUCCCGUGUGCAAAGAGGAGUUCAAGGUCGGCGGGGAAGCGAGGGAACUGCCUUGCCAUCACUUGUACCAUUCGGAUUGUAUCGUCCCGUGGCUGCGGCUCCACAACUCCUGCCCAGUCUGCAGGCAGGAAGUGCCAAUUGUUUCUGAUCCCGAGGUUCCAGGAGACGACUCGGAGACGCACGAAGGAGAAGGAAGGUGCGCCAGAUGGCUGCGACGGAGGCAGCUGUGGCCGUUUCGAGCCAGGCACGGGCAAAGUCCCCCACCAGCUAACUCGUGGUGGAAUUCCUGCAGCAUUCUGUAGCUCGUUAGAUUUCGCCAUUGCCGCCAUCGGGGAGUGUUCUAAAUCGAUUUGUAUGAUAGAAAACAAUGGGUAGGAUUAAAAGCACAAAAUGUAUGUCGGUAUUUCUA